CUUCUGGGGGAGGGUAAUGCAGCCUCCUAGUGUCCCACAGUUGCCUAUCCCUUAUUUAGAAGGGAUGCAAGAUCUCUACACAUUUGUGGAAAAACAAUUGGUGAUGGAUUUCAUUGAAGGGAGAAGCAUAAUAAAUGUAAAAGCAGAUACAAAAGCUGUGUUGGGCUCCCAUCAACUGGCAUCAAGGAAUCCUGAAAUAUCUAGGCUGAAUAAAGGUAUGGUCAGCCGAAUUGCUUCAGGUGGCCAUUCCAAUGCUAGGACCUUGGAGCAAAGAGGAAGUAGAGUUGAGAAAAAUGAGUUUAAAUCAACAGUCUGCUUUAAUGCUGCCUACAAGCAGGAACAUUCUGAAAAAAGUGAGACUAACAAUAGCUCUAGUGAACAUCAAGCUGGGGCCAACUGCUCCAUUUCAGACCAGUCAUGUUAUUUAAGUACCUCAGAACUGAAUUUGACAAAAGAGAACCUGACUAAUAUGAGCUCAUCAGUGGAUGAAGAACAUGAAUCUCUAUGUAAAGAGCAACAGAAAAUUUCCAUUCCACCAGAAGAUGCAACUGAAGGAGGAUUUACUAUUCCUAUUCACGAAGACCUUCCCAACCUCACUGACAUUGAGAAUGAUUACAGAUGCAGUGACUUAGAUGAUGACUCACAGUUAGAAUAUCACAGUGCUGAAGAAGAAGAAUGUGUUUGUUGUAGCUCCUCAUAUGCACAACAAAGGGAGAGCUUAGAAACUUUUAAUGAUAAGAAGUUGCCAAAUGAACAUAAAUUGACAGGUGGCCAGCCACAGUUUAAUAAAUUGGAGGAUGAAUUAUCUAAUACAAGUUGCAGUGCAGUUAGUAACUAUUGCAGUUUCAGUGAAAAGCCAGAAUUUUCCAAGACGUAUCAAGAUGGCAAAGGAACAUCAGCCCAUUACCUGAAUUCUGAUGAUCAAGAAAGAGAUGAAAGUGAAGAUUCACUUUAUAGAGAAAAGAACAGCCCAGAGUCAUCCUUAAUUUGCAAGAGUGAAAUUGACGAAAAAACAAAAGUAAAUUCUCUUACAGACACAGCAUGGACAUAUAAAAUGUCUACUAAUAGAGGAUUAUUUAAAAAGACUGAUAACAGUAGUACAAAUGUCUCUCAGAGAAUUGGAAAUCCACAUGUACUGCAUCAAGAAAGAACACUUGCAUUGCCUGUACACACUUACAGUGAUGGUCCGGAUAUUUCAGAUUCUUGUGCUCAUGAACAAUCUGUUGUAUUGAAUACUAAUGAGAUCUGCACCUGCAAACUGCAUGGAAUAUGCAAAGAGAAUUUUCCUAACACAGAGUUAAAUGGCAUAGCAUCCUUGAAUAAUAUAGUUAAUAAAAAUCAAAGUACAGUGAACCAAGCUGUUGAUGCAACCUCUGAUUUUAGAGCUUGUUUUACAACAAGUCGAGCAACUAAUGUUAAAGCCUCAAUGGUGACCAGGGGACAAAACACAGUGAUAACGAUGAUGAGCAAACAUAGGCCCAAUGAGUGGCUUACAGAUUCCCACAGAAGUGUUGGCUGCAAUACAGAUUGGUCAUGCAUGUCUGAAAAAGUGGAAGCAAUUGAUUCACAAAUAGCAGUUACUGACAUUUUGGAACACUCUUGUAUUGGUGAUACUGCAAAACAUGGAUGGAAACGCCAAACUGAGGAUCCUUUGGAAUGUGAAAACAGCACAAGCAAAGAUUUAAAUGAAAUCCCAAACAGGUUGAUGCAUCUUUCGCAGGAAAUAAGUGAUCAUUUGCCAGACUGCUGCAAGGAAAUAUGGCAGAGAGCCAUAAAAGCUGAAAUGCAGCUUCUAAAAAUUCGCUAUCAAAUGUAUCAUCAGCACUGCUGGCGAACCUUCCAACCUGUUAUGAAAGAAAAGGAACAUGCAAAAAAUUCUGGUCCUGAGACAGGAAAGUUGGUGUCACAAGUGUCAUUGCCAGAAAACAUGGAAACUUCUUCACACUCUUUAGUUACGCAUCAAAUGAGUGAAAAACAGUGCCUUUCUAAUAAGAAUGCAGAGGAGAGGAAAAAUGAUCUUGUAGAAAAUGAAUCUUCGAAUUCUCAAGAAAUCACAGAACACUGGUUUGAUGCCACACAGAACCUGGCAGAGGGUGAUUCUCUACCGUCACUUACAGAAACACAAACUAUAGAUGACCAAAAAAAGGCAUCAAAGGACAGUGUUUACGUUCAUGUUGGCAAUUUAGGUCCCUUAGUAUCAGAAGUUGACCUAUUGCUUAAUUUCCAGAAAUACAAUGUUUCUGAGAUUUCAAUUUGUGAACCCUCUGACAAUUACAGAUAUGCAUCUCUAAGUUUCAAAUCAGCCCAUGAAGCCAGUCUGGCAGUAAAAGAAAUGAAUGACAAACUAAUAAAAGGAAAAGCGGUGAAUGUUCAACUUCUACAAACUGUGAAAGAAAAUGGAGUCCCAAGUUAUAAGAGUUCUGUGAAACAAGAACAUGAAGACCAAAGAGGGCAUUCUAGUUCUGAUAAGAAUACUGAACAUAAGAAGAAUUGUAAUAUGAUUUUAGAAAUGCCUCCUCCUUCCUUAGCUGCUCCCAGAGUGGUUUCUCGUGGCCCUGUCUCCUCUUCAAAAAGACCAGAGGCUUCCAAAGAACCCCUAAAGUUGUCUUUGCCUGAUUUGUCGAACACUCCUGCAUCUGUCUCAGCUUCAUCAGAAAUACCAUUUUGUCUUUCUUCCUCUUCUAAAGUCCCUGACCCUAAGCCUUCAUCAAGAAACCCUUGCUUUGAUAUAGAUCAAGAGGAUGUUGCAGACAGCCUUUUGCCAUUGGGCUCAGUACAAGAUACUCCAAAUCCAUCCAGUACCUUUGUACCUCCCAACACAUUAAACUUGAGAAGCUUCCGCAAAGUAGUGAAAAAGUUGGAAGAGCUACAUCCAAAGAUCAGUAGAGACAUUAUCUUGGAUGCUUUGGUAGAGAUAAAAGAAAAUACAGGCUUUCUCAGUGGCUUACCCCUUUGUACUAUUGUGCAAAUGACAUCAUCCCUUCUGAAGAAGAAGUUUGCAUCACAACCUGGGGAAAAUAAGGACACGUCUAAGAAAUAAAGUAGUUUGUCUGCGCAUUCACAUUGGCAGCUGUGACUAAAAGAAGACACUUUGAGUUGAAGAGUGUAACCCACAGAUCUUCAAGAACAUAGAGAUUGAAUGAGUAACAAAGCAGAAGUUUAGGGAAGUCUGUAACUUGGUUGGAAAAUAUACUUGUUUUGAUAUACCUUUAUUUGUGGUUUUGUUAUUGGGAACAAGUUUACAAGAAACUGAUGCUGUAACUUUUAAUUCUUCAAAAAAUGUUUAGAACACCUUUGCCUUAAGUAACUACAAAAAAUAACCUUUUAUCUGUUAUCUGUAUUUUGCAUUUGUUAGGUACUUUAAUAUGAAAUACAUGAGAAUAUGUUGUCAUUUCAUAAGAAUCUAUGUUUUCAAUGAUAAUAUCAAUAAACAGUCAUAGUAUGGCUUAA